AUGGCUCAGAAUGGUGCUGCUCUUUGGAGACGCCUUGAGCUCGAUGCCUGGGCUAAUAUAAAGACGGCCGAUCGUGGACCUCGACCUGAUCAACGCAUUGCCGACUCGUGGGCGGCCAUAGCAAGUAGACCCGUGAAACGAAAUGCAUUGGUCGCUUCGAUACUCGAAUUACAAGCAGUACAGGCUGAUAUAAUCAACAACCCACUCAGCGACGAGAUGCGAGUCGCGGACGACGCAGCGGUGGUGGACCAGUGGCUCGCAGAUGCCCGGGCAGCUUUGCCUUUGAGGACGAGACUUGCUGAUCUAGGUACCGAGAUUUAUGAACAGAUACAAGACAUGUUUUCCCAAAAAGAAUGUGUAGACACAGAGGAUUACCUUGCACAAAUGUCGAUAGACGAGGAUAAAAUUGUCGAUACUCUAAAGGCACGGAUAGCCACCAUCGAGAAACGACGAGCAGCUCUUAAUGAUGAUGAUGAUGACACUAGUAUGGAUGGAGCAUCGUCCGACGAAGAAGAAAAUAGAAUGUCCUUUGGUCGCCUUUCAUCCCAAUGGUUCGAUCAGGGCUCAGCAGGAUCGGGAGGUAACGAUAAAUACAUACAGACCUUCGUCAAGGUUGUGGCAGGGAAGAUUGUAGAUCGGGUCAUCAUCAAAGAAGAAACGGAGGACUGGGGCGAGCAGUCGCUCUGGGACUCGACAACAAUACCUGGCAGGAAUCUACGCACGGAGAUCGCAAGCAUGCUGCGAGUUCGAGGGGGAAAUGGCUCGGACAAGAUUGUCGAGCUUCGAAAUUGGCGAACUAAUGACAGCGCUGGGACCGCCCGGAAUCGUCCCACGAAGUAUCGGCUUUACUUGGAGUACUGCGGCUUCGGAGAUCUUAACAAACUGAGGAGUUCACCGCCCGCCUUCAUACCGGAACCUUAUAUGUGGAAGAUAUUUGAGGAUCUUGUAAUUGCAUGCACUCUACUCGACAGAGAGUCCAUCAUUCAUCGCGAUUUCAAAAUGGAGAAUGGUGAGUGUCCAUGA